AUUGGAACUCUCGCGACCUCCGGAAUCGAACUUGAUACAACUCGACCUCCGAAUAACCGGACUACUUACUGUUCACCUCUCUACCUCCCUCCAUCCUACCUCCGUCUCAAACCAUAAGAAAAUCUGCAAAAUGCCCACCCCGGAAUCCGCCUCCUUCCUGGCCAAAAAGCCCACGGUGCCGCCUACCUACGAGGGCGUCGACUUCGAAGACAACGUUGCUGUCCACAACGCCCGCGACGCCAUUAUCCGUGAACAAUGGGUCCGCAGUAUGAUGUCUCGUCUGGUCGGAGAGGAAUUGGGCAAAUGUUAUGCUCGUGAGGGUGUGAAUCAUUUGGAGAAGUGUGGGGUUUUGAGGGAGAAGUACUUUGAGUUGCUGGGCGAGCGCAAGAUUAAGGGUUACUUGUUCCAGGAGAAGAAUUACUUUGCUGGGGAGGGAAAUAAGUCUGCUUAGGUUUGAGGGUUGACAUUGGAUUGGGGAAUGGGAUGGGUUGAAUUGGUUUCUGUGUUAUGUUAUGUGAUAUACAAUAUAUGCAUUGUGGUUUUUUUCUUUCCUA